AUGUACAGAAUAGAUGUUUCAGAUUUUUAUGACUUCCAAGCAUUCAGAAAUAUGUGUCCAUUUAGAGACUAUAACAAAGCAGUCGAGAAUUUGAAACGUUUAGUCAUUUAUGUUGACUCUGCCCCAGAAUGUUAUGUCAUGAAAGAAUGGGAUGUUGUCUUUAACAAACCAAGAGCAACAAUAGUGUCUGAACAAGAAUGUAGACAGAAACUUAAGAAAAUAAAAGUUGUACAAGUUGGAAUGAAGAUGUUAGAUGCUUGGGAUAUCUUAUUGUCAAAGUUAGAAGAUUUUUCAGUUCGAGGUAUAAAGUUCUAUACACCUUCUCCAAACUUCUAUUCUAUCUUCACUGGAUAUAAAUAUGAACAAGUAGAAUGGAAAGAAAAUAUUAUAGAAGCUUGGUUAGACCAUGUCAAAGAAAUUAUAUGCAAUGGAAACGAAAAGGUUUAUGAGUAUAUCUUAUGUUGGUUUGCAAACAUCUUACAACAUCCAAGUGCUAAAAAUGAAACUGCUCUCAUUAUAAUUGGAAAACAAGGAACAGGUAAGAACACAUUCUUUACAGAUAUCUUAUGCAAACUGUUAGAAGGUUAUUCGAACCCUAAUAUGACAAACUUAGAAAACAUCUGUGGCAAGUUUAACUCCUCAAUAGAGAAUAUGAAACUUAUAGUUUGCAAUGAACUUCAAAGUAUAGAUACAACAAAAGUUUUGAACUCAGAUGCUUUGAAGAGUCUUAUAACAGACAAAGUUGGAGUUGUUGAAAGAAAGUAUAAAGACCAAAGAGUUUGUGAAAAUGUUGCAAACUUCAUUAUGGUUUCAAACAAUGCUGUUCCGAUGAAGUUAGAAAGUUCUGACAGAAGAUAUGUAGUUGUCAGAACGUCAGAUUCUCAUAUGCAAGAUACAGAAUAUUUUGACGACUUAGCAGAAACUUUGACAUCUGACUUUUACAACCACUU